CCAACUCAUUGAGUCAUGGAAGCAUAAAUAAGCAACUCAUUGAAGUUACAUAUAUCUCAGUUCCCUUUAAUCUCCAUCCAUUUUAAAAAGUUUAUUACGUUUGUGUGUGUGUGUGUGUGUUUUUUUUAAGUUCUAAAUUGAUUCCCCUCACUCCCUGUAUGACACCCCUGUUGGUGCUUCGUGUGGGUGUGAGUUAUUCAAUGCUGGCUGGCCAUCUCGUGUGGGUGUAAGUUAUUCAAUGCUGGCUGGCCAUCUCUAUCUUAUUGUCACAUGCUAAAGGCGACCUAUUUGUGGGUUGUGACUAACUCUCUUUGAGGAGGAUGCAAGCGUGGGUUAGUUCCCUUUAAUCUCCAUCCAUUUUAAAAGGUUACAUAUUGAAUAUGGGAGCGUAUUCUUUUCCAAAACUGGCGAAGUUGCAUAUCAAUAAAAGUCCCUUUGGUUUCAACUCCAAAGCCAAAUGUCCUCGGAAAGGUUGGAAUUGGAAAUCACUCAUCCGGGGACGGUCCGUUCACUGGCCAUGCAGGAAGCUAUUGUUCUCUACCCGUCUCCCCAAAUCGGCCACUUGAUAUCCAUGGUGGAAUUUUGCAAGCUCAUACUCACUCAUCAACCUUCACUCAAAAUACACAUCCUCAACCCCCCUCCACCCUACGGUGCUGACUCCACCGCCCCGUAUAUAUCUGCGGUCUCUGCCACCGUCCCUUCUAUCACCUUCCACCAGCUUCCUACCAUCAACCUCUCCAUCUCCUCGUCUCGCCACCACGAGUCUCUUGUUUUUGAGACCCUCCGCCUCAACAAUCCUAAUGUCCAGAAUGCUCUUAUAUCUAUCUCCAAGAACUACAACAUCAUUUCCUUCAUCAUCGACUUCUUCAGCACUCCAGCUUUUGAUGUAGCCACUGCUCUUAACAUCCCUGUGUACUACUUCAACACCUCUGGUGCCGGAUGUCUUGCGUUCACGCUCUAUUUUCCAACCAUCCACAAGAAAACUACUAAAAGCUUCAAAGAUCUUGAUAUUCAUCUUGAUAUCCCAGGUAUCCCUCCAACACCAUCCUCAGACAUGCCAAAGCCCUUACUUGAGCGUGAUGAUGAGCUCUACAAAUUCAUGUUGGAUUUCGCCACCAUAUUGCCGAAGUCUGCAGGGAUUAUAGUGAACACCUUCGAAGCGCUAGAGCCAAGACCUCUGAAAGCCGUAAGAGAUGGACAAUGUGUGCCGGACAGCCCUACAGCUCCCAUUCAAUGUAUUGGACCAUUGAUUGCUACAAGUGAUCGUAGUAGUGACGGCUCCACCGGUAAUAGUAUUCCGGAGUGCUUAACGUGGCUUGAUUCACAGCCGAGUAAAAGUGUUGUGUUCCUUUGUUUUGGCAGCUUAGGAUUGUUCACUGUGGAACAAUUGAAGGAAAUAGCUAUUGGAUUGGAGAGGAGCGGUCAAAGGUUUUUGUGGGUGGUGAGGAACCCACCCGCAGAGAACCAAAGCGUGGCCAUCAAGGCACUAUCCGAUCCUGAUUUGAAUUUAUUACUUCCAGAAGGGUUCUUGGACAGGACGAAACAGAGAGGACUGGUGGUGAAGUCAUGGGCUCCGCAGAUAGCAGUAUUGAAUCAUGACUCGGUAGGUGGCUUCGUGACUCAUUGUGGGUGGAAUUCGAUUCUGGAAUCAGUGUGUGCGGGAGUUCCAAUGGUGGCAUGGCCUCUGUAUGCAGAACAGAGGUUGAACAGGGUGUUGCUUGUAGAGGAAAUAAAGAUAGCUUUACCGAUGGUGGAGUCGGAGAAUGGGUUUGUGAACUCGGCUGAGGUGGAGAAGCGAGUGAGGGAGUUGAUGGAAUUGGAGCAAGGAAAGUCCAUCAGGGAGCAAACCACAGCAAUGAAACAUGCAGCCAUGGCUGCUUUGAGUGAAGGAGGCUCUUCUCAUGUGACAUUAGACCAACUCAUUGAGUCAUGGAAGCAUAAAUAAGCAACUCAUUCAAGUUCCAUAUAUCUCCGUUCCCUUUAAUAUCCAUCCAUUUCAAAAAGUUUAUUACGUUUGUGUGAGUGUGUAUUUUUUAAGUUCUAUAGUUGAUUCCCCUCACUCCCUGUAUGACACCCCUGUUUGUGCUUCAUCGGGGUGUGAGUUUUUCAAUGCUGGCUGGCCAUCUCUAUCUUGUUGUCACAUGCUAAAUGCAACGUGUUUGUGAGUUGUGAUUAACUCUCUUUGAUGAGGAUGCAAGUGUGGGUUAGUUUCUGGGAGCAGACAUCUUUCACACUCAACUCCGCGAGUGCACUUGAAAAGCUUAAUUGAGAAGCGAGUCAGUGGGUAUU